GUGUGGCUGAAUCUCUGUCAACGUUUCCAUCUCGCCCUGUUCGGUAGACUACCUCGGCUAAUAAACUAUGCACGUUAAAACCCGUGGAAACCAAACCUCCCGUUCCAUCCUCAUCACACCGUCCGGUGAACUGCUAUCAUGGAGCCGAAAAAUAACGGGACAACGAUGUAUUUUUGAUAAGGACGUCUCUGCUACCGUCUUUUCGUUUCGGGUGGUGAAUUCCGUGUUCGUGUCGGAUUAGCCGCGAUGAGAUAGUGGAACUGUCAUUUUGUUGUCUUAGAUUAGCACUGUUAGAAAAUAUGAGAUUACAUCGGCGUUUCGGCAGUGAAACAAAAAUAGCCUGACAAAUUUUGUUUGAUUCUGUAACCAGCAGGUUUGAUGUAAUGUAUCUAUCAAGUUGAUUACAUUUUGUAUCAUUGACGAACUGAAAGUGCUGCAGCCCCUGCCGCAGACAGUGACAUUGUUACAACGACAAUGACACUGGAUUUUUAUCUGCGCUCAUCACAAAUGAAAGACGUCUCUUCCUUAUUAUAUUCCCUAUUGACUAUGUUUGAUUACAGUCUAUAUUCUUUAGAUGACAUUGAAUAGAAGUCAUCGCGUUGAUAUAGAAAUGAUUGCGCCCUUUCAAAGCACUGCAAUGCGAUGGUAUACCCGUUUCUGUAAUGCCGUUCUUCAUCGAGGAUGCAACAACGAGGAGUUUUUACCAACAGCAAUAUGGCACAAUGCACUGGUAUAUGUAUUAGGCUAAUAUUGGCCUGUUUAUUUUGAAGAUAACUUUUUUAAUUUAGGUAUUUUAUUAGGAUCCCCAUUAGUUGUUGCGAAAGCAGCACAUUGAAGAAAACUACAUGAACAUUGCACAGCUAAAUUAUUUCAAUCAAUUGGUUUAUUGAUGGAUUAUUGAUAUCCAACCUGUUGGUACAAUACUAUUUAUUGCCUGAGCAAUCAGAACAGAUAUUAUCUGUUAUGUUGGACGUCAAAAUGAAGGAGGUGUGUCGGAUCUGUGCCCGCGAGCUCUGCGGUAACCAACGGCGAUGGAUCUUCCAUCCGGCCUCCAAACUCAACCUGCAGGUGCUGCUGUCCCACGCCCUGGGCAGAGAGCUGACCCGCGACGGCCGUGGGGAGUUCGCCUGCUCCAAGUGUACCUUCAUGCUGGACCGCAUGUACCGUUUCGACACAGUGAUCGCCCGUGUGGAGGCCCUGUCUCUGGAGCGCCUGCACAAGCUGCUGCAGGAGAAGGACCGGCUUAGACAGUGUAUAGGAGGCCUGUACCGGAAGAACAAUACUCAGGACCAGGCCCGGGAUCAGACUGGGAUGGGGAUGCGGCUGGGGGGUACUGGGGAAGGAGAGACAGAGGGUGGUGGGCGGUCUGAGGGUGACUCCCCUGUAGUGGACCUCUCAGCCCUGCAGGAGGCCAGGUACAGUGCCCUGCUCCAGGACGACCUGGCCUACUCUGUGUACGAGUCCUGGGCCGACCACGAGGACCAGCAGAGCCCAGCCCCAGACCCCCAGCACCACACCCAGCAUCAUCACCCUCAGUGCACAGGAUCGGAGGCUCUCUCUGGGCAUCGCUCCAGGCGGUGCAGGGGAUGCGCCGCUCUCCGUGUGGCCGAUUCUGACUACGAGGCUGUGUGUAAGGUACCUCGGCGGGUGGGCAGGAGGAGCACGUCUUGUGGACCCUCUACUCGGUACUCAGGCAGCACCAUGGGGGACGAGGAGACCUCCACAGGGUCAGAGUCCACACCUGUCCCCUCCGAGUCCCCUCCCAUGGAACCAGAGAGCGACAGGACGCUGUGUGAUGGGGACCCAGAGAGGAUGACCCUCAGCCCGGGCACGUCGGUUGAAUCUCUGGACACAGCUGUGGGCGUGGCUCAGCCCUGUGCCACCCACCGAGUGGAAGAGGAGAGAGAGAGAGGAGAGAAGGACCCAGGGAGGGUUCAGAGGAGGGGCCCCCACCUCCAGUGGGAUGAGGCCCCCAGGGACAAGUCAGUCUCUGGGUUGACCCUGGAGCUGGCGCUAAGUCUAGUGAGGAACUGGGAGUACAGACCUCUAAAGUCCCCUCAAGGCAGCAAGCUCCCUAUCCUAGUUAAACCCAAACUGGAGACGGGUCUCCCCCAGUCCCUCAGGACCCCAGACUAUGAGCUCUACUCCCACCCUGCCAUCCCAGAUCUGGUGACCCCCAGCAGUCAGCAGGAGCUACAGACAGAACUGUCAGCGAUGGAGGAGCAGUGGCUGGAUGACUAUGUGCAGUGUGGGCCCUUCCGCUUCCAGCAGAGGCUGCUAGAUGAGCAGCAAGGCAAGCUGUCGCAGUAUGAGAGUGCUGCAGGACACUGUGUUAGUGAGCUCCAGAAGGCCCAGCUCCAGGUCCGCUCUCUACAGGCCAAGAUCAGAGAGAGCGAGGCCGGGAACCAGAAGCUACAGGUGCGACUGGGGGACAUGGAGUGUGAGCUGCUCUUGGUCAGAGAGGAGGCACGGAGACAGGAACGAAACGUCCUCAACCUCACUGACACUGUCAACAGCAAGGACACUGAGGCAGCAGAGUUGUACCGAGUCAUAGAGGAACAGAACGACAUGCUGUGUUCUCUCAAAGACCUGGCCAACAGAAACCAGGUCCAGACACUACAGGUGUCUGGGGCUGAGUCAGUGCGAGGGCAGGGGAAGGUGCUGGCCCUCCAGGGCUCUCUGUUCCAGGCCCAGCUGGAGCUGCAGGCAGGCCAGAGGGCCCAGUGUCAGGCCACCAGGAAGGAGGAGGACCUGACCAGAGCCCUGAUCCGCCUGGAACAAGACCUGCAGGGGGCCAUGGAGCACAGACGCAGCACUGACCGACACAACCAGGACUUGAUUCUGGAGCUGGAGAAAGUUCGCUCAGAGCUGCAGCAGAGAAAGGAACAGCUGAAUGAAAAGGAGGGAGAGAGACUGAGAGAGCGGGAGGACAUGGAGAAGACCAUCAGAGAGCUGAGGACCUCGCUUCAGAGCAAAGAGCAGCUUGUGCAGGAGUACUCAGAGCUGUUGGACCAGCAACAGGGGCCCAGGGAGAAGAGGGAUUCUCUCCUCUCCAGACUGAAAGAGCGCAUCAAGGAGAGGGACAGAGCACUGGAGCGAACGGUGGAUGAGAAGUUCUGCUGUGUGGAGGAGAAGGAGGGAGAGAUGCGGAGACUACAGCUGCUGCUCAGAGAGAAGGAGAGAGACCUGGAGAGACAACGCUGUGUACUGUCCAACAACGAAGAGACCAUCAUGAGUCUGGAGGUGCUGGUGCGUGGGAAGGGUCUGGAGCAGGAACAGGUGUGUGAGGCGUGGAGGAGUGUACAGCGCCAUCAUGCGGACAGUGAGGAGAGACACAGCCGCAGCCUGAGAGAGAGAGAUGCACUCAUCAGCCAGCUCCAGAACGCCCUGCACACACGCACCAAGGAGGCUGAGGACCUGACUGGAGCCUUGCUAGAUAAGGUGAAGGCAGGUCCCAGUGAGGUGGUGGAGGAGCUGAAGGCUCGCCUCUCUCUGAAGGAGAAACUGUUCCAGGAACUGCUGUCCGACCGUAGCCGCCAGGCCCAGGAGCACCACACACUGGUUCAGGACCUGCUCAACACCAUCAGCACCAGGGACCAGUACAUCCAGGACUCAGCAGGUCGUCUGGGUGAGGUGAUGAGUGAGCAGACUGAACGUCUCCAGGAGCUCCGCAGACAGCUAACUUCUGGUUCCCAGGCCUACGGGUCUCAGCUAGGCCUCCAGGGUCCAGACCUCCAGGGGACCAGGCAGGACUUCCAGGCCCUGCAGGAGGAGCUGCGUCUGGCCCUGAGGAGGGAGAGGGAGUCCCAGGCUGAGCUCACAGCCCUCAGGACCAUGGCAGGCCAGACAGACAGGCCAGUCAACAGGCAGGCAGAGUUUGGAGAAUUCAGCUCCGAGGAAGAGGAUGAUGUCAACAGUGACUAUGCAGACAGCAUGGAGGAAGAGGAGUCCAAACUGACAGCCCAAACCCUAGCCACAAUGCAGAACCCAGAGCUUCAUGGAGGACCGGGGAAAGGGAAGCCAUCCCAGGAUCCUGUGGGAGAGGGCCAGGGGCUGGUGGAGGUGAAACAGCUGGUGCAACAGAAGAGGGUGGUGGAGAGAGAACUGCAGGAGCUAAAGGUUCAGCUGGAAAAGGCUGGCUUCUCCUCCCUCUCCCAGAUGAGGAAAGCCCUCUUCAGCCUACGCAUGGAAAAUAAGGAGCUGAAGUCUCACCAGACAGAGAGACAGCCAGAGACAGACCUUAGGCAUGAACAGAUUCUUCAGGAGGAAGAGGAGGAUGAAGAAGAGGUGGAUGAGGAGGAAGAGGAGGAGGAGCUGUGUGGGUCUGAGCUGUGGGAGGCCUGGGAUGAUGAGUGUCCGUCCCAGGGGAAGUGCUGUGACCCCAGGCCCACCCUGAGAGACCCUGGCCUGUGGAGGAGAGACUGCACCAGGCCUGUAUCUCUGGACCUGGGAGCCAUGCUGUCCCACUCCACACAGGAUGAGGAUGAUGAGGAGGAGGAGGCAGGAAGAGAGGCUGGAGGCAGGCGGCACAGCGCCACAGAGACAGUGAUGGUUGAGAAGGCUGUACGUCUGCAGCUAGAGAGCAAGGAGCUGAAGGAGAGACUCAUGGUGUCUGAGGCCACGGUGCAGGCCCAGGCUGAACAGCUCAAAGACUAUAGAGACCUACUAACAGAGACAUCAGUGCAGCAGGACAGUAAGCAGGUCCAGGUGGAUCUCCAGGAUAUGGGUUAUGAGACGUGUGGCCGCAGUGAGAACGAGGCUAACAGGGAGGAGACCAGCAGCCCAGAGUUUGACGAUCUGGAGAUGUGCACGUCUCUGGAGUGCGGCGGCUCUCAGUGGUGGUCAGGCACUGUGCAUCCUGGGAAGGCCGGUCCUCCAACAUCAACCUCAGAGACUGACAAAAUGACAUCUCUCCAGCGAUUGGUUGAGGACCUUCGCUCGCAGCUCUCCCGCUCUCAGACAGUGAUCCGGAGCCUCCAGGGCCGCCUGCGCUCUCUUUCCACCUCCAGCGAACUCUCCAUCGGCCCCUCCAUCCCCCGCAAGGUCAACUGGGGAGUCCAGUUUCAGGCCUCGCCCUCACAGAGUGGCCCAGAGGAGGACGAGGGCUGGGAGUCAUCUGGUGGUGGUCUGGGGCCCUCGCCGCGCCACACCAAACCUGACAAGGACCUCCAGGAGCUGGUGUCCCGUGUGGGAGCCCUGGAGGACCAGCUGAGAAAGGGCAAAGGGACCCCAAGGCCCACCGAGGAGGGCAAGGCUACCAGCUGGCCUGGGCCGGGGAAGUUUAACACUCUGAUCCAGGCCCAGGCCCGUGAGCUGUCCCACCUGCGCCAGAGGAUGCGUGAGGGGCGCGGCGUGUGCCAUAUCUUGACCCAGCACCUUGGUGACACCACCAAGGCCUUCGAGGAGCUGCUUCGUGCCAACGACAUAGACUACUACAUGGGCCAGAGCUUCAGAGAACAGCUGGCACAGAGCAGCGCCCUGGCACAGAGAGUCAGCACCAAGAUCAGCGGACGAGACCAUCCCGAGAUUCCUGACGACAAGACUGGCACAGAGCUGCUCGCCAUACGGCUGAGUAAGGAGCUCCAACAGAAGGAUAACGUGAUCGAUUCUCUCCGUGCCAAACUCACCCAGCAUCAACCUCGUUCUGACACACCAUGCAGUAGCCACGCCCUCUCUGACACCACCGACCAAUCAGACCACAUCUCCUUUGUGUCCAAUGAGCAUGGCUCCACCAAUGAGGAUCUGGAGCCGUGCUCAGACAUUGACACAGCCAGUGAGUAUGGCCAGGAGGACAGACGUGCCUCCACUAGAGCCAGUACAGAUUCUCACUGUAACAGUGUCCCCAUGUCACGCCACCCCUCCAUCCCUCCUUCCACCAGUUCAUCUCACGGACACCAGUCCUCCAUCAGCUGUCCCAGCCUGCAGCGGUCAGCGGACACACAGACACAGACAGGCCUCUACAGUGGACCAGUGUCCAGUUCUCUCCCCACCCCUCCUCAGCCCCAGCCCCAGUCCCAUCCCCAGCCCCAGUCCCAUCCCCAGCCCCAUCCCUGCUACCACUUCGACCUCUCCUCUCAGAGAGCCCCCCUGUCCUUCAACCCCCAGACUGCAACCCUGCGACCCCGUUACCAUGGAAGCAGGCCUGGGGCCUUCUCCCUGGCAGAGGUUCACCAGGAGCUGCAGAUGUUACAGAGACAGCUGGGAGAAACUGAGCGUUUUUCCGUUCCUUCAGUCAAGCCAUUUGGUGGCUUCCCCAUGUCGGCCCACCCCCACCCUCAGACAGACCCCUCCAGUUACAUGCCCCAGCCUCUGUCCUACCACACCUUCCACCCCGCUGGUCUGAAUGCUAGCCUCAAUGCUAGCCCUGCCAUGAAGGCAGGCGCCAGCCUCCUGGAGAGCAGUGCAAUGUGGGACAUGGCCUACGGUGCUCGGUCAAUGAGAGAUGGCACUGCUGAUUUGUCAUCAGGGUCAUCAGGUUACCAGUCUGGCACCAGCCAUACAGGUUCUGACCUGAUUAAAGAACACCUGAGAGAGAUCAGGAGUCUACGUCAACGCCUGGAGGAUUCCAUCCAGACCAACGACCUCCUCCGACAGCAGCUGGAGGAGAGACUGGUCAACCAAGCCAGAGAUAAAUGUGCUCCCACCAACAUCUACAUCCAGGGCUUGGACUCUGUCAGCCAGCUGUCCAGUGAGAUCAGAGUUUUGAAAGCAGAGAACCUCAGCCUGCAGGACCGACUCCAACAGGCCAGCAGAGACGGCAGUAAGGAGGCGGAGCAGCUACGGGAGGCGGUGCUGUUGGGGCGUGCCCGUGUGAAGGAGGCGAAGUUAGAGACUGAGCGGUGGGCGGAACAGGGCAGGAGGCUGCACACGCAGACACAGGCUCAGACCCUGGAGAUCACUCAGCUGAAACAGGACAGGCAGAGCAACCAGGAGACCAUCAACAGGUUGCAGCACGAUGUAAAUGUCCUGCAGCAGCAGUUGUGUGAGAGCCGUGGCCUGGCCCACUCUCUACAGUAUGACCUCCAGAUAUACCACAGAGUGUGUGGCGUCCCCAAGACCACAAACACAAGUGAGGGGUCCCACUCAGAGUUUGCACCCUUUGACCCCAGGGACCUGCAUGUUCAGCUAGGGCAGCAGUUUACUUCUGGGACACGCCCUCCUGGAGCCAGGAUACAGCUCUUCCACGACCCUGCUCUCUCUACCCCUGUCCGAGACACUGGACUCUUCAGUCCUGCUUCCCCUCUCUCCCUCACACUGGAACCCCGGGAGGUUGACGUUUCUCUUGAGGGCCAGGCUCCAGACGGCUCCUUCGCAAACCGUAAUGGCCACCAUGUUGUGGGCCACGUGGAUGACUUCAGCGCCCUGCAGCAGCAGAUCCUGGAGGGGAGCAUCCUCAUUGGCAAGAUGGAGGCUGCCCUCCGGGCCACCGCCAACCACGCCCUGCUGGAGCUCAGCCUGGACAAGCCUGUGGACCCUGGCUGUGUGAGGAGUCUGCUGACCUGCUCUACGACCCUGAGGAAGAUCCUUGAGGAUGCCAGCUCCCUGCUCAGAAUGUUCUGGAGGGCAGCACUGCCCAAUAGUGAGGGGUCCACUCAGAGCACCAAGACGGAGCUGUCUUUAAAGGAGGUCCACACGAUGCGUCAGCGGAUCUCAGAGCAGGAGGAGGCUCUAAAGGACGCCAUGGAGAGACUGAAAAGCUCCAACCGCAACAAAGACAGUAUGGAACACUUCAUCGUCAGUCAACUGUCAAGAACAAAGGAUGUCUUGAAGAAGGCACGGACAAACUUAGAGGAGAAUGAGCAGAGAAUGUCCUCCCUUGGCCUCACUUCUUUCCCCUCCUCCCCUUCCUCCCAUCCCUGGGUUGGUAAAGGUGAAAACCCAAGAGGUUUCUGUGAGCUCACCCAGUCUGCUGGUUGGGGUAUCGUGAAACCCCAGAUCCAGGCUCCAUCACCCAGAACCCCUACGGUCCUGUGGCCUAAUACCCAGGGUCUGACCCAUGGGGUUGACAUACCGGGUUCCCUACAGGCAGCUUCUUUGUGAUGCACCAGCUCCAACUUCCUCCUAAUACUGGGAGACAGGAUACUUCCUGUUGAAACACGGGACAUAAUCCCAGGUUUCUGGUUAAAUAGGGAGAACACUUUAGUUGAGGGGAGACUGUCUGAUAGUCUGUAGGGGUUCAGCCAGGUGCUCUCUGUGAUGCUGUUUUAUGCCAAGCGGAACAGUGGUUAAUGAAUGUCGACGACUGUCUUAUGUCAGGUGUUAUGUAUAGCUUAUGUAGGUGUUACGAAGGUACCUCAACUGAAGCGCUUCCCCUAUUUUACCUGAGACAUAUAUUAUGUUUUGAGCUCUAUAUGAAACCUCUUCAAGGAUCCUAUGAUAAUCAACCUUGAGCAAGCCAGGAAUAGAGGCUUUUAAAAAGCCAAACAAGACUAAAGUGCUUCCUUUUCGCUUCUAACAAGGCAAGUUUGUAAGUGUGUGUAUGUGUAAAGUAGUUGCAUGUUGUUUGAGGGAAAAAAGCCAUAUUUAUAGAUGUUAGAUACCUUGUUUGUUUCCUGUUUCGUACGAUACUUCUUCUGCCAUUGAAAUGGUCUGUUACUGAUGUCACAAGAUGUAAACACUAUUCAGAUUUUAAAGAUCCUAUGGAUGGGUUGACCCUAGAACUGUCUUCCUGCUGAAAUGCUAGAACCUGUAACCAUACUAAAGAUGUAAAGAUUGUUCCCAGCUUUAAAUCUAGUCUCUCGACCUAAGUCCUUAAAGCAGGCGGCAUACUGCUGCCAGCUGCAAUACAUUCAACUAUGACCUGCUGAUUUAUUCCAAUGACCUAUUUAAGAAAGUGACAGGAGCAUUUGGUGCUUGGUCCAAAAUAAGUUGUAAUUUUUUAGAUUUUAAACAGAAAUGCCUCAGAGGCGAAUGGACCACACAAUGUUUUUUUCUCCAAAUUUGUAAAGUUGUUUUAAUUUGGGCUAACAUUUAAACCCCUCUAAGACAAAAAUAUGUCAAUAUUAUUUUGAUUAGAUUUUUUCUUCUUCUGUUGUGGUAACCAUAGAUGUUAUUUUCUAUUAACAAAAUCUGUGACAAUCAUCAGCAGGAUAUGUGAAAACUUGGUUUCUUACACUGAGAUAUGCAACGCUGUAUCUGUAUAAGAUGUAUUGUAUGUACAUAAUGGCAGGGGUGUACAUUAAAACAGCUUUUUUUGUGUCAGGAAGAGGGGUCUGGUGUCAAGGUCAAGGGCUGCAUUUAUUUUUUAUGCAUGUGUUAUAUAUCAAAUCCAAUUUUAUUUGUCAAAUACCGUGAAAUGAUACUUACAAGCCCUUGUUGUUUUAGGGAGAAGCUUUUCAAUAAAACGGGACUAAAAUAUUAA